UUGCUUUGCCAUUACGUUAUGCUCUUUCCACAAAUACACAGGGAUGACCGAAAGAGAAGACGUAAUGGAGCGUUCACGAGCGUCUUUGCAAUGAGCAUCGUAUUAUCCAACAGUUUUUACCGACGGGAGUUGCAAUGAAGGCAGGGGCCUCCUCCAUGUGGGCAUCAUGUUGUGGGCUGUUAAAUGAGGUGAUGGGCACAGGGGCGGUCCGUACCCAACCUCCAGGCUUUGGAGCUGGAGCCGGUCCGUUCCGCUUCGCUCCCAGUGCUGGAUAUUCUACUUAUCCCCCCACCAGCGCCACCUCAGGAAGCACAGGCUUGGUGUGCAAAGCUUGUGGACUCGCCUUCUCUGUGUUUCGACGAAAGCACGUUUGCUUGGAUUGUAAGAAGAGCUACUGCUCGCUGUGCUCCGUUCUGCAGGAGAACCUGCGGCGCUGUGCCACCUGCCACUUGCUGUGGGGCACGGCCUUCCAGCGGCCGCGGUUAAUGCGACUCCGCGUCAAAGACCUGCGACAGUACCUCAUGCUGCGAAACAUCAACACGGACACAUGCAGGGAGAAACAGGACCUGGUGGAUCUCGUGCUUUGCCAUUUGGGGGCCGAGCUGGAGAUGGGUGAAGAUGAGGAAGAGGAGGAAGAGGCAGAAGCGGACGUGGACAGUCUGAACUCUCUCCCGCGCUCCCUCUCCACCACGCCCGCCCCUGCGGUGCGAUCCGCCUCCCAGCAGUCGGUACUUUCUGGAAUCGCCUCUCAGGGAGAUGCUCUUAGUCACAGCGAUAGCUCAGGGACAACCAGCCAGGACCAUGGAGAUGCUGCGUCAGUUGCCCUUCUUAACCUGGAACCUCAUGAAGAGAUACUGGAGGAAAGUCCUGCGACGCAGAGACGGGCGCGUGCCUCUCUCUCAGAUCUGGUCCACGAAACCGACAUCGAAAGUCUGACGGUACGGCAACUGAAGGAGAUCCUCGCACGAAACUUUGUCAAUUAUUCCGGCUGCUGCGAGAAAUGGGAACUGAUCGAGCGCGUCCAUCGACUCUACAGAGAAAACGAACACAACAGAAGAUCGAUGGAAAAUGUUAGCAACAACCAAGCUGCAGUCGUAGCCUAUGCUCCUCCUAUAUGCAAUGGAGGGAUUGGAGAUGGUGUUCAAGUGACCCAGUUGGGCGGCGUUGAUGAGAAUCUGUGUCGUAUUUGUAUGGAUGCAGUAAUAGACUGUGUCCUGCUGGAGUGCGGUCACAUGGUCACCUGCACCAAGUGCGGCAAAAGGAUGAACGAGUGCCCCAUCUGCAGGCAGUACGUGGUGCGAGCGGUGCACGUCUUCAAAUCUUAACACUGGCCUCGCUUCUACUCACUUUCAACACAAUGAUGGACGUACCAGUAUGAGGCCAUGACGGGACCGUGUGACUGCCCCUUAAGCUUCAAACUGAGUUAAAAGUCGUGGUAGCCGUUACUGCGCACAUCUUUGCUAUUUAGAGUGUGACCGUUAUCUGCUGCCCACUUUUUUAUUUGUUGACCCUUUUAUGCUUAUUUACAUAUUUACUAACCCAGGGAAAAUGGAUUUUAGAGGAAUAAAGUAUAUAUAUGUUUAAAAAGCUUAAAUGGUUUACAUUCCUGUAAACGCAGAGAAAUGUUUUAUAGUAUGUGCAAUAUUAGAAAUCUUUACUUGUGCGUGUAGAGAAACCGAUUGCCGUUAAGAUGCAUGUCGUCGUAACAAUGAAGACCAAUGCCGUGAAGGGGGAACAUAGGUGCCAAAGUAGAAAUGUGCAGAAUGGCUUCUGGAUUACGUUAUGUGCUUUUACUAAUAAUUGUGUGAUUUUUAUUUGUUAAAUCAGCUAUUAUCACAACACAAUUUAGCAUAUGUGAAACAAAUGACCAGCCAGCAGGGUAGUUAUAUAAAGCAAUGGUGACUGUAAGUUUAAGAGAAACUGUAUCGUAUGUUUUUCCAGUCACUGAAAUCCAGCAUCUGCAGUUAUGUAGCUUAUUGAAUAACCUUGGUUAUUUUAAUCUUGAAUCAAACUUGUACCUGUAAAACAUUAGGUGUGUGAUUUAGUCUGCCUCCGUUAUAUUUUUUUAGCUAAAGGUGCACCAUUUAUGUUUGAUUAACACUUAUUUGUCCUUUUAGUAUCCUAGACUUAUAUAGUAAUAUAAGUCUCAGGUGUGCCUAAAAUUUUCAGCUUAAAAUACGCCACAGAUCAUUUAUUAUAGCAUUUCCAAAGUGUCCCUAUUUGGGUGGGGGCAAAAAUGGGAUUUUCGUGUCUGUACCUUUAAAUGCAAAUGAGCUACUACUACUUAUUUCCUUACCACAAGAAGCAGUGAGCGAUUAAAGUGAAAGCAGAUUUGAUUCCUGUGAAUACAGUCAAUAGUAUAUUUCACUAUUGAGAUAUGGCAAACAGCGUACUCGCUGAGGGCAGAAACUACGGUAAUGCAUGACUGUCAGUGAGUGGCUGUGGGCGGGGCUUUGUUUGUGUGACAUCACAUUAACAAGAGAAUCAAAACAGCAUGUCUAUGAGACUGCUGUGGUUUAAUGGGGAUUAAAAAGGAGUGAGAGGAUUUUUUUCAUUGUAGGGUGGUUGUGUUCGCACAUUUAUUUUGCAUAAUAGGUGCCCUUUAUAUACCCAUACUACAAAGAAAAAAUUAUUUAUCAAUGCCGUUAACAGAAAUGUGCAUAUUUGUCAUUGUCACCCAUGAUUGAUUUAUUUAGCAACCGAAGAUAUUUCAUAACAAGGUGGUUACCACCUUAAACAGAUUUUUAAACAGAUUUGUCAAAGCGAUUUUGUGCUCCGAAACAUUUAAGUUAAGUGCACCUUUAAUUGGUCAUACAGCAUUAAAUAAACAAAUUUUUACUGUUGAUCAAGAAAACAAACCUGCUUUAUUGUUCUUCAUCUCAAGCAAUACCAUCAAAAUCAUCCUUUGGUGUGUUGUUAGAACAAAAAACGUGGACAUUAUUCAAUUUCCACAAGCGGUGCUACAUGGAUUUACUUGUCACAGUCCUCCAAUGUGUUUAGACCAUUAGUGAAAACAGAUUUUACUUAAGUUUUACUUAAUUUUAUCCCCCUCCUUUGUGAAUAUUCAAGUCUAGAUAUUUUUAAAAUGAUGAGAGGAAAUGUGUUAUAUAAUUAGUCUAGAUGCAUUUAUGCUGUGAAUUAUGUAAUCAAAUGUAUGUCUGUGGUAUUUCCUAGACAAACAAAUAUAGUGUAAUUAUAUGAUUUUUAUACAAUAUACAAAAUAUACAUUCAAUCUAUGGAUAUAUUUAACUUUUUUUACAUUUGCUCCGCCCAGUUUUUCUAGAAUGUAAACAGCAUUGAUUAAGUAGUUGGUUUAGUCUUGAAAAGACUUCAGUAGAAUUGAUUGCUUUUGUCACACCCAUUCAUUUAAAUAAUGAUCAGAUUUUUGUUAACCUUGUCCACAUUUGUGUACCCAACACUGACACUGUGCAUACAUGUGUGUUUCUAAUGCUGCUAUCUCUAAAAGAUGUCACUUACAGUAGGCAACUACUCUAGCUGAGCAGACAACAUUACACUCUAAAUUACAUAAACUGAACGCUGCAGGAUGUUUUGGGGUCUGGUCUUUGUAUUUUGGAAUGUUGAACUUUUUAUUUUGGUAAUUCAAAGAUGAUUUAUGAACUUUAAUAAAAUAUGGUACCUUGAAUUAACAAUUUUCUGUCCUAUAAUAUUUUCGAUGUUGUAAAUACGUGUUCGACUACGCAGAUCGACCUCCGUAUGACAUUAAAACACCGCGGGAGAUAUUUCAAUAGCACAGCUCUCGCGGUACCUUGACGUCAUAUGACGAACCGUCUGCGCAGUGCUGCAUGCUUCGAAUGCGCCUUCUGGCUAUUUAGUGAAUAAGCGGGACGUGAGGUGAUGACAGAACACCAGAGAGAGUUAAUCAUUAAUAUUACAGAUAAAUGGGAGUAUAAACCUAAUCAUUUACAUGAUUGGUGUUCAUUCUGGAGCACUUGUUCACAGAGGUAAGUUGUAUGUAACGAGUAUUUAGUUAAACGUUUUGACAUGAGGUAAAGUGAUAGGGCGGGAAAACGUUAUUUCGACUUGGCUGAUAUGGAUUUAAAUGGUCUUAUACAUCUUACAUUUUCCACUUACUUGUUUCUGUUUUGCUAAUAGUUGCCAUAUGUAUAUCCUAAAAAUGCUCAAAUAUGAACAUUUAUAUUAAAGUUAUAAAUAUACAUAUUUUAGUACCCAACCGUGGGUUAAAACAGCACACAUCGCAGUGGGAAUAUAAGUUGUUUACAAAACACAAAGCAAAUCUUAAACACUGGAAAAAAUAUCUGUAUUUUUUAAGGUAAAACAGUGCAAAUAAGUUUUUUUACCCCAGAUAUAUACAAAUGAAAGAAGCCAAGGUAAGUAAGAGUUGUAUGAAAAGAGAAUGUACCUGCAAGACAAUUAGAAGACAACAUAUCUUAAAUUAACAUUACAAAAUCAUCUGAACAAUUACCAACUAGAAUAGAUAUGAACCUUAAUUUCCUACUGCGUAGAAAAAAAAUAAA